AUGGCUCCCUACCCCAGCGACAACAACGGACGACGCCCGCCACAGCCCGGAAAUAACGAUGAUGACGACGUAGCUCGCGAUCUUGCUGCACUUGACGAACGAUACCCGCGAACAUCGACCAAUUUCUCUCGACCGCGAAAUACACGACGUUCUUACACUGAUCCUAACAAUGAUCGUCCGCCGCGUCGAUCUUCUGCCGAUGAUACCAAUGUGAGAUCUGCUUCGAGGUCUCGGUCCCGACGUCCCGAAGAUGGCGCACAUCGACGAGCAAGCGGACCAUACGAAUUGCGACCAAUUCCCUCGAGAACCGAAUUGUCUACUGACCUUUCGGGUCCUCCCGAUUAUGGCGACCGAACCGACAUUUCGCCUGUCGACAAGACUCGCAAUGUCGCAUUCAAUGGCAAUUCUUCAGGCGAAAAGUCUUCGGUGCGAGCCGACAUCAAAAAGUACCUUCGUCAAAGGCGCGAGAAAAGAAUUGGACCAAGCGCAAAGCCGACAUGGAAAGAACGCACGCGCAAACAACUUGGAGAAUUCCACCAAAAAGUCAUUGUCGAAACAAUACUUCGCCAAAAACCUCUUCAGCCUCUACCUGAUGGUCGUCAUGUCCCUCUAAACCCUGCACAGCGGAACGCUAAUGGACUUAUCGAUGAGCGCGCAGGGAAGCCUUACAUCAGUAACUUCAUCCGGUCGAGCCGGUAUACCAUCUAUGAUUUCUUCCCUAAACAGCUCAUCUUUCAGUUCAGCAAGCUCGGAAACUUUUAUUUCCUUGUUGUGGGAACGAUUCAGAUGAUUCCUGGCCUAAGUACAGUUGGACGAUGGACCACGAUAGCGCCUUUGGGUGUAUUUGUCGCAUUCAGUAUGGCCAAGGAAGGUUACGACGAUUAUAGGCGUUACAGGCUUGAUCGUGUGGAGAACCGCAGCGAGGCUUGGGUUUUAACGGAUCGAGCCGCAGCCACUGAAAAGGGUCGCGUACGCCAUGCUGAGAAGAUGAAGAGGAGGAAGGAAAAGGGAUCGAGUGGUGAAGAACACAUGCUUGACGAUCUUGAAGCGGGAGCCGCAGGUGCAAAAAAGGUCGGAACUAAUGGAGACUGGACCUCAGUUCAAUGGCAACACGUUCGCGUGGGCGAUGUCAUCCGGUUGCGCCGUGAUGAUGCCGUCCCGGCUGACAUUGUGCUUUUGCACGCCACAGGUCCCAAUGGUAUCGCAUACAUUGAUACAAUGGCUCUUGAUGGCGAGACGAACCUCAAGAGUAAGCAAGCAUGCCCUUUGCUUGCUGAGCGGUGCAACACCAUGGAGGGACUGCGAGCAACACAAGCUACUGUCAUCUCCGAAAACCCCAACCUGGACCUUUACAGCUAUGAUGGCCGCGUAACUGUUGAUGGCGAGACUCUACCCCUCUCUAUGAACAAUGUUGUCUAUCGAGGUUCUACUCUUCGCAACACAGCCGAAGCGCUUGGUAUUAUUGUCAAUACCGGUGAAGAGUGCAAGAUUCGCAUGAACGCAAACAAGAACGUGCGGGCGAAGAAACCUGCUAUGCAAUCCGUCAUUAAUAAGAUGAUUAUGGUGCAGAUUUUUAUUGUUCUCAUGCUCACCAUGGGUCUGACUAUCGGCUAUUACCUGUGGCGAGAUCGCACUGAAAACUUUGCUUGGUACAUUGUGCGCCGCGGCUUCUGGAAUGGCGAGAUUCCAUUUAAGGAAAUUUUCUUUGGUUUCAUCAUCAUGUUUAACACACUGAUCCCAUUAUCGCUGUACAUCAGUCUUGAAAUCAUCAAGCUGGGUCAGCUCCUUCUUCUCCAGGAUGAAGACAUGUACGACCCGAUAUCUGAUACCCCCAUGGUGGCCAACACGACUACCAUUCUUGAAAAUCUGGGUCAGGUUAGCUAUGUCUUUUCCGACAAGACAGGAACGCUCACAGAAAACAUCAUGCGCUUCCGCAAAUUGUCGGUAGCUGGCGUUGCUUGUCUGCAUGACAUGGAUGUGCAAAGAGACCAAGAGGAGAUGCGCAGACGGAUAGAGGAGUCGGAGCGACCAAAGAAGGGAAAGUCAAAGAUGGGAAGUCUGUCAGCAACUAGAAGCGCGGUGCCUACCAUAACUGUCGACGGACAAUAUGACGACGGUGCUGGACUCGAAAGACCACAGCCUACAAGAACCAUAUCAGCGAGCCAUUGGCAAUCGACUGUCAACACUGCUCAAAAUACCGACAUGAAAACUGAGGAUUUGCUCGACUAUAUCCAGAGAAAACCCAACACUACAUUCUCUCGAAAAGCCAAACACUUUCUAUUGUGUAUUGCGCUCUGUCACACUUGUCUCCCUGAAAAGACUGACAAAGGCGACAUCGAUUUUCAAGCCGCCUCGCCCGAUGAGCUUGCUCUUGUGGAAGCUGCCAGAGAUCUGGGAUUCUUGGUAAUUGACAGACCUGCACAAGCUAUCAAGUUGGAAACUCGGGACAUAGAUGGCUCCCUUCAUACUGAAUCCUACCAGGUACUGGACGUGAUCGAGUUCAGCAGUAAGAGAAAGAGAAUGUCGAUCAUCAUUCGUAUGCCUGAUGGACGUAUCUGUGUCUUUUGCAAAGGAGCCGACAAUGUUAUCAUGCAGCGUUUGAAGUUGAGCAACCUUGCUGAGGAAAAAGCGAGAGAUAUCGGUCGUCGUACGAGCCAGCGAAGACUUUCUCGACAAGAUCAAGCUUUGCGACGAAUGAGCACGCAGCAAAGCAUCAGCCCUUAUGGAAGCCCACGCGGAAGCCCCCGCAACAGUUUUGGUUUCUCCAGGGCAGAAUCAUCAUCCAACCGGGAUGGGCUUAGGCUCAGCUUGGGACGUCGUUCCACUGAUCUUAAGCGCUUGUCUCAGCAGCUUGCCCGCUCACCUCGCGCCUCGACAGACAUGAUGAGCCCGAUAAGUCCCAGACAGAGCCUUGGUCACAUGCCAUCAUUUGACGAUGCCGACAGCAAGAUUGAUGAGUCUUUGGCGUCGAACGAAGGUGCUGUGUUUGAGAAGUGUUUCCAACACGUCGACGAUUUUGCCAGCGAGGGUCUUCGUACUUUUUUGUAUGCCUACCGUUACAUUGACGAGGAUUCCUAUGCUCAAUGGAAGGCCAAGUACAGGGAAGCCGAGACUAGCUUGGUCGAUCGCCAGGAGAGGAUUGAAGCUGCGGGAGAGCUCAUCGAACAAAAGUUUGAGCUAGCUGGUGCGACCGCAAUUGAAGACAAGCUGCAGGAGGGAGUUCCGGACACCAUCGACAAGCUGCGCCGAGCCAACAUCAAAGUGUGGAUGCUCACGGGCGACAAGCGAGAGACAGCUAUCAACAUUGGUCACUCUGCUCGUGUAUGCAAACCAUGGUCAGAGGUUUAUGUGUUGGACGCGACUCUGGGUGAAUUGAAGGAGACUAUUACCAUGACUCUGAAUGAUGUUAGUCGAGGCAUGGUCCCACACUCUGUGGUCGUUGUUGAUGGUCAAACGCUUGCCAAGAUUGACGAAGAUGACGAGCUGUCUCUCCUCUUUUAUGAUCUUGUCGUGCGUGUUGACUCUGUCAUCUGCUGUCGAGCUUCGCCCUCGCAAAAGACAAACCUGGUGCGUUCGAUCAGAAGAUAUGUGCCAAAGAGUAUGACUCUAGCAAUUGGCGACGGCGCAAACGAUAUCGGCAUGAUUCAAGCCUCCCAUGUUGGUAUCGGUAUCUCUGGUCGCGAAGGACUACAAGCUGCUCGAAUCUCAGAUUAUUCAAUUGCACAGUUCCGGUUCUUGCAGAAGUUGCUCUUUGUCCACGGUCGAUGGAAUUAUAUGAGAACUGGCAAAUAUGUGCUCGCCACAUUUUGGAAGGAAAUCCUGUUCUUCAUCGUGCAAGCUCAUUACCAGCGCUAUACGGGAUAUACUGGAACGUCGCUCUACGAGUCAUGGAGUUUGACUGUGUUCAAUAGUGCUUUCACGUCACUUCCUGUUAUCCUUCUUGGUAUUUUCGAGAAGGAUUUACAGGCCAAGACUCUGAUGAAGGUACCUGAGCUAUAUACGUUCGGUCAGCUCAACCUUGGCUUUCGAUUCUCUCAGUACUUUGCAUGGAUGAUCAUGGGUGUUGCGGGCAGCUUCAUAAUCUGGUAUUUCACGUGGUGCGUCUACGAUAAGACUUUCUAUGACGAGGAUACUAGUAUUUUCGCUAUGGGCAUGGUCAGUUUCACUGUUGCUGUUAUUUUCAUCAACAUCAAACUCUUAAUUCUUGAAGUUCACACCAAGACAGUCAUUACCUUUGGCGGUUGUCUGAUAUCUGUUGCUGGUUGGUUCUUGUGGAUGCUGGCUCUUUCCGGUAUCAAGCCCAUCAGCUUUGGACCUUAUAUUGUCCGAGAUGCUUUCAUUGACAAUUUUGGUCGUACACUUCAAUGGUGGACAAUUGUUCUGCUUGAGCUUAUCACACUCAUUGUCAUUGAACUGGUAGUCCAGGCCGUUCGAAGAGUUUACUUCCCCUCGGAUCAAGAUCUGAUGCAACGCAUCGAAAAGGAUGGCAAUGUGGACAAGGUAUUUGGUGAUGGCAAAGACGCUGAAGAAGGCGACGCCGAGGCAGAAGAGAGGGUUAGCCCAGAAGCAGCUCCUGAGAGUGAGAGAGUACGUGAGAGAAGAGCAGGCCGGGCGAGCCACGAUGAUUAUCAGCCAGAAUUUUUGCCUACGGCAGAGGAAGAGAGGGAGAAUCCGAUGGAACAAUGGCGGCGUUGA